GCCACACAGUAGGUGCUCGAUAUACCGUUUUCGGAGGGAAAAAGCAGUGUGUAAAGGGAAGUAUCGGUCGGAUUCCUCAGAUGUUAAGAGAUUUAAGGAAUGGGCUCGUGCAGUUGUGGGGACUGGCAAGUCCCAAAUCUGUAGAGGAGGCCAGCGGGCUGGAAACUCAGGCAGCCGUGUGGGAGAGCAGCGAGGCAGGAUUCCUUCCUCCCUGGAAAACCUGGGCUCCCGAGGUUUCCUGCUCCUGAGGCCUUCGGCUGCUUAGAUGAGGCCCACCCACAUCAAAUCAACCGAUUGUAGAUGCCAGUCACUUUGCAAGAUAUUUUCACAGCAAUAUCUACACCAGUGUUCGACCAAACACCUGGACACCGUAGCUCAGCCCACUGACCCGUCAACGGAACCACCCCAGCUGCAUCAACCCAAGGAGAGGCCAACAGCCAGGCAAGACUGGAUGGUAGAAGGCGAGUGGGAAAGCCAUGAGAAGCUCACUUCCCCACACUGUGAACAGCAGAGUGGUGACGACACCCCUCCCCCCACCAGAUCACUGGUUACCCACCUGCAGUGCACCUAGGCCCUCUGCUGGGUGCUGGGGAGCUACAGCACGCCCACGUCACCGUAAAGUGAGCCCAACAGCACCAGCAGCCAAGUGCACAGAGCCAGGUAAGCGCUGUGAUGGAGGUGCGGCUGCAGGGAAGCCUAGAGGGCAGAGAUGAGCUCGCUGGGGUGACAGGACGCUUGAGGGAGCAGGCCCCUGCAGACGCAGGAGGGGUCGGUGCAUCCCAGCCGAGGCAGGACCUGUGCACAGGCCUGGAGCACGGAGGGCUGAGCCUGGCAGAGCAGAGAGGGCCGGGAGCGGGGCACAGCCUCUGACCUCACAAUACCCAGGGCCCCCUGGGCCAGCCUUGCCUCUGGCAAACCCUGGUGCCCUCCUCCCGCCCGGGCGAGGCCCGGGGCCCUGGGCAGUCUCCAGGUGCAGAGCCCCGACUCGGGCUGCACCCAUCCCGUUGCCCCGGGGCAUGUCUCUACUCGCCAAUUAUGAGGGGCUCCGGCAUCAGAUCGAGAGGCUGGUGAGGGAGAACGAGGAGCUAAAGAAGCUGGUGCGGCUCAUUCGGGAGAAUCACGAGCUCAAGUCGGCGAUCAAGACGCAGGCGGGCGGCCUGGGCAUCAGCGGCUUCAGCACCGGGUUCGGCCAGAUGGCGGCCACUCCUCAACACCAGGGAAACUGUGUCUUCCUGCCCCUGUCCCCGGCAGCAGCACAUGAGCCCGUCCUGGAAGAAGUGGGCGUUGUGGCUCUGGCACCCCUGGCCGACAUGCUAAGCAGCCCGCAGCCCGGCCCCACGGCAGACCCCAUCGUGAGCCCCCUGACGGGCCCCCUCAGCACCUUGCUGCCCGGUCCAGGGCCCAUGUCACAGAGCGGCCUGUUCUCCAGCAUCCUGACCGGCCCCCUGACUCCGAGCAGCCCCCUGGCCGGGCCCCUGGCAGUGGCCCCAGGAGGCACACUGGGCAGCUCCAUGGGCACGGUCUCCACCGGCCCUCUGACUCCGAGCAGCACCCUGGCCGGCCUCAUGGCAGUGUCCCCAAGAGGCACACUGGGAAGCUCCAUGGGCCUGCCCUCCACCGGCCCCCCGACUCCGAGCAGCCCCCUGGCCGGGCCCCUGGCAGUGGCCCCAGGAGACACACUGGGCAGCUCCAUGGGCACGGCCUCCACCGGCCCCCUGACCCCGAGCAGCCCCCUGAUGGCACCUACGACAGGCACAGUGGCCAUCUCUCUGAGCAGCCCUCUGCUCACCUCCACAGCUGCCCCUCUAGGUGUUUCUCAGAACCUUGUGGCCAACCCCGUGAGCAAUCUGGUGCUGCCGGCGGCCCAGAGGGUGCGGCUGACAGAGCCGUUCCGAGGAUGCCCAUCUGGACCCCCUCCCUCCGCUGGAGCAGGGCCUGCUGGCACCACCAAAGUCCCAAUGUCCACUGAGCACCCACAGCCGACCCAGAACCUGGAGCCUCUCGGCGUGACAUUUGUGGGCGUGCCCUUGCACACCUCUACCCCCAUGGAGACCAAGGGCGCAGCUGGCCCCGGGACGGCCUUCUCCUUCAGCACCUCGGACGCCCGGGCCCAGCCCGGUGCCCCCCAGGGACAAGCAGUUCCUGCCCCUGCCCCCGUCGCCCCUACUGCUGCCCCCCAAGCUACCACCGACUACGCCUCCCCCGGCACCACCCACGUUGCCCAGUGCCCACCCCCGUCCCCCACCCGGGCACACUGCCCCCCCACCCAGCCCUCAUCCACCCCCCACUCCCCUCCUCGAAAUCCCCAUUCCCCACCUCGAACCUCGUCCUCCCCGGCUUCAGUCAACGACCCCCGGGGUCCACGCGGCACAGAAACAUCUCGGAAAAGCAUGGUGGAGUUGGAACGGAAGCUAGCCCACAGGAAGAUCAGCAAGUUUCCGGACAGCCCCCGAGAGUCGAGGCAGCUGGCCUGGGAGCGGCUGGUGGGGGAGAUCGCCUUCCAGCUGGACCGCAGGAUCCUGUCCAGUAUCUUCCCCGAGCGCGUGCGCCUGUACGGCUUCACCGUCUCCAACAUCCCAGAGAAGAUCAUCCAGGCCUCCCUGAGCCCCAGCGACCACAAGCUGGAUGAAGAGCUGUGCCAGACACUCACGCAGCGCUACGUAAGCAUCAUGAACCGGCUGCAGAGCCUGGGCUACGACGGGCGCGUGCACCCGGCGCUCACCGAGCAGCUGGUGAACGCCUACGGGAUCCUGCGUGAGAGGCCAGAGCUGGCCGCGUCCGAGGGCGGCUCCUACACCGUGGACUUCCUGCAGCGCGUGCUGGUGGAGACCGUGCACCCCAGCAUGCUCACCGACGCCCUGCUGCUGCUCUCCUGCCUCAACCAGCUGGCGCAUGACGAUGGCAAGCCUAUGUUCAUCUGGUGACGCCGGCUCCUGCCGGCCAGGCCCGCUCCGCCCCGCUCCUCGGUGCCAGGCCAUUAAAGCUUCCCACGCACGCUA